CAAACAGGUUUAAGUUCCACCCUUAAAACAACCCGGCUGAAAUAAAGCAGGAAGCACUCAUGUGACUACAGCUUGACACACGACCAGCUUCCUCUGAGCAAGUCCGACUGCAACGGAGAGAGAGGAAAAUUGAAAACGCCAACACUUCUGAUUAAAGCUGCUCACACUCCACACACUGAAGCUUCAGUCAGAGACUAAAUGGCUUCCAGAACAAAAGAGGCCCUCUGCAGUCUGCACUCUGAGACACUCAAACUCUUCUGUCUGGACCACGAUCAGCCGGUGUGUCACAUCUGCAGAGAUUCAGAAAGACACGUCAACCACAGAAUCAGGCCCAUUGAUGAAGCUGCGCAGAAAAAGCGGAGGGAACUUCGGGAAAACCUGGAACCCUUAAAGGAGAGGCUGAAGAUUGGGAGGCAAGUGAGAGACGAGUUUGAUCAGACGGCAGAACAUAUUAAAGUCCAGGCCCGGCGCACAGAGAGGCGGAUUAAGGAGCAGUUUAAGAAGCUUCAGCGGUUUCUGGCGGAGGAAGAGGAGGCCAGGCUGGCUGCACUGUGGGAGGAGGAGGAGCAGAAGAGUGGGAUGAUAAACAGGAAGAUAGAGACUCUGAGCAGAGAGAUAUCAGCUCUUUCAGACACGGUCAGAGCCACAGAAGAGGAGCUGGAAGCUGACGACAUCUCAUUUCUGUCCGUCUACAAGGCGGCGGCGAGAAGAGUCCAGCGCUGCCCCCUGCUGGAUGUUCCACAACUGCCCUCAGGAGCUCUGAUAGACCAGGCCAAACACCGGGGCAACCUGGCCUUCAGCAUCUGGAGCAACAUGAAGAGGUGUGUCUCCUACACACCUCUCAUCUUUGACCCAAACACUGCCGAUUCAAAUCUCAGCCUGUCCAAAGAUCUGACUAGCAUGAGACUGGGAGAGAAGCAACUCCUCCCUGAUAAUCCAGAGAGGUGUGACGGCUGGUCGUCUGUUCUGAGUUCUCAGGCCUGGGACUCAGGGAACCACAGAUGGGAUGUUGAUGUUGGAGACAGCUCAUUCUGGACCCUCGGUGUGAUAGCAGAGUCUGCGCAGAGGAAAGGAAACGCACACUCUGGACUUUUGGUAAUAGGGUUCUUUGAGGGUGAAUAUAAAGCGAGGUCACCACCAGCACCUGCCACUAAACUUGUAGUAGACAGCAAGCCCCGUAGGAUAAGAGUGAAUCUGGACUGGGACAAGGGAAAGCUUUCGUUCCUUGAUCUGGACACUAACGCUUACAUACACACUCUAACACACACUUUCACCGAGCGGAUGUUUCCAUUCUUUGUCGCGAUUGAAAUUGAAAUUUUACCAAUGAAGAUUUUUGUAAUAAAACAGCAACUCUAAUGUUUUCUGAAUGAAGAACACAAAUUCUAAAUGAAACCAUAAUAAUCCAUUUAAAACUCAGAGGGCUUCAUAAAACAACACAAUCAAA